AUGUAGACAUAUUCCAAAAGCAGACAGAUAUUUUAGCUUUUAUUUCUCCUAUUUAAGAUAAUUUAACCGGACGAGGUUAUGCAAACGUGGAGUCUCGUAUCACUUUGUGUGUUGCUCGGUCUUGCUGUAAGAUGGGGCGUUUCGUUAAACUCAUAUUCAGGGGCGGGGAAAACUCCCAUGUUUGGCGACUACGAGGCUCAAAGGCACUGGCAAGAAGUGACAUACAACCUCCCUGUGCAGGAAUGGUACUUCAACACCACUAAGAAUGACUUGAACUACUGGGGUCUUGACUACCCUCCUCUGACUGCCUACCACAGCCUGAUCUGUGCUUUUGUAGCUAAGACGAUAAACCCUGAGUGGGUGGAGCUUCACAAAUCCAGAGGUUAUGAAAGUCCAGCGCACAAGUUGUUCAUGAGAGCUACAGUCCUGGUGGCAGAUUUGUUGAUAUACAUCCCUGCUGUGGUUUUAUACUGUUUGUAUCUGACUGAGGGAUCCUCUAAGAAAAAGGUUUCCACUCUGCUCUGCUUCCUUUUAUACCCUGGCCUCAUUCUUGUUGACUAUGGCCAUUUCCAGUACAAUGGAGUGAGUCUGGGCUUUGCCCUGUGGGGGGUUCUGGCUCUGGGUCUGGGCUGGGAUGCUUUGGGCUCCGUGGCUUUUUGCCUGGCUCUCAACUACAAACAGAUGGAGCUGUACCACGCUCUGCCCUUCUUCUGCUACCUGCUGGGGAAGAGUGUCAAACUGGGCCUGAUGGGGCGAGGGCUUUUCCUGUUGGUGAGAAUUGCUUUGACAGUGUUGGUGACUUUUGCCCUGUGCUGGCUGCCCUUCCUGUCUGACCCCGGUCAGGCCAUGCAGGUGGUCAGGAGGAUCUUUCCCGUGGCCCGCGGUCUGUUUGAGGAUAAGGUGGCCAACACAUGGUGCAGCUUGAACGUCCUGAUAAAGAUCAGAUCCAUUCUGUCCAGUGACUCCCAGAUGCACCUCAGUUUUGCCUGCACUCUUCUGGCGGUCUUGCCUUCCUGCGUAAGACUUCUGACGAAGCCCACCUUCUGGCAGUUUAAACUGGCAUUGGCUAAUUCCUCUCUGGCGUUCUUCCUCUUCUCCUAUCAAGUCCACGAGAAGUCUAUCCUCUUAGCUGCUUUGCCUGCCUGCCUCCUGCUGAAUGACCUCCCCUUGAUGGCUAUUUGGUUCCUGCAUGCCUCUACAUUCAGCAUGCUGCCUCUGUUCCUGAAGGACGGUCUGCUGGUGCCCUUUGUUGUGACCUCGCUGGGCUUCCUGUACUUCAGCAUAUAUCUGCUGUCUGCACUGGAGCGCUGCUCAGAGGAAGAGCUGAGACUGGGAGCCUACCACAAGCUGCUGUUCUGCCUACCCAAACUGGACCUAGCAUGGAUUGUAAGAUGGAAGUUCUACGUCAGCGUCUCCGUGUUAGCCGGUCUGAGCAUUGCUGCUGUAGCUCUGGCUCCUCCACCACAUCUACCCGACUUGUUUCCUGUGCUGGUGUCUCUCGCUUCUUUUAGUCACUUCUUGGGAACAUUUAUAUAUUUCAACAUUGUCCAGUUCAGCGAGCCGCCCAGCAGAAAGAGCCAGAAGAAGAACAACUGAAUGAUGCCUAAGGCAGUGAUGUACAUGGCAACAUAUCGUUUAGCAAACUGCUGCUAAAUGCUUCAGGGAAGCCAGUGUUACAUUAAGAGGCAUUUAAACGUGCCAUAAUGUCCCCUGUGGAAGAAGCAUUAAUGUAGAGCUGCAAUUAUCGGUCUAUAAGAAACAUUAUUGAUACCUAUGUUGAUGAUCAAUUAAGUCAUUUUUGAGCAAAAAUGCAAAACAUUUUAUAUUUCCAGCCAGACAAAUAUGAGAGGUUUUUCAGUUCCUCUUGUAUUAUAGUAAAUUGAAUAUCUAUGGGGGUUUGAUGCUAUUGCUCAGACACAAAUGAGAUUUGAUGGCAUCACCUUUAGCUCUAAGAAAUUGUGACAGGCACUUUCACAGCUUUCUGAACUUUUAUAGACCAAAUAUUGUAUUGAGUAGAUAAUCUGCAAACACAUUGUUAAGGAGAUAAUCAUUUGUUGUAGCCAGAAACAAAGGGUACUGAAUAGGAUUUUGCAGACUUCAAAAUCACUAUGCUACAAAAUCAGAGGACCUGUGAUAUCAGUACAAAGUAGACGGUAGUGAUAUUUUUCCAGUUUGGACCAAAUUAAUUCAAGAAAUGAUUCCCCCUUGUGCGGACCUCUUGCAUAUUUUUUUGUAUUGGACUAAACACUAUUGCUAGCUAAUCAAUCAAGUACCACAUGCCGUGUGCAGCCCAUUUGACUCCAGCGAGCUCUGUGCCUGGAUGCUUAAGCUACGGGGAUGGCCACAAUAACAGGAACACCUGUUGUAAUGUUCAGUAAGUGUAAAGACCAACAUGGGGAAAGGUGUUUAAUUUUCCAGUAACUCUUUAAGCCAUGGUGUUGCUAGCCUUAAUGAUAUUGUAAGGUGUUUCUCUUAUUUUGUCUACCCUCAGUUUCUCCUCUGGGUAUUGUGAUUUAAACACAUUCCUGGCGCGACUGGACUCCGGUCUAGCCGGAACUGUUAAACAUUAUUCAUGUGAACUUUUUCUUUACGGUUUUUCUAUUGUAUAUUUUCAUCUAUCAUUGAAGUACUUUUGUACAAACUUCGUUUUUGUGAAAAUAAAUACAAUUUCUCAAUGAC